AGAAAAGUCAGAUUCAUCCACGUGUCUUAAUUCUUCUGCUCCGUCCAGCUAUCCGUUAGCCCUACUCUGUUUCUUCUCGUUCUGCAACUUCUCCUCUGCCAUUGAAGAGGAAAAUAGGCAAAAAAGAAAAGAAGGCAAAAGAAAAUAGUAAAUUUCCAUUCAAAUGGGAAAGCUGCUGUGUGAUUCAACGACUGUUGCCGAGUCCUUUCAGGGUUCGUCGCCGAUUGUUCCUUGGAGGGAUCCGAAAUCUGCGCCUCUUGAAGCCAUCAAAGCUGUAGAUCUCGUUAACCAGGCGAGUGUCGCCGCCGUGAGCGAUGGUUGGGAAGAUGUUCUUGGUUUAGAAGAGCAACAGAGGCGGCACUUACAGAGGCUGCAGUCCAAGGGCGUGCUUUGGAAGCCACCUGAGGAUGAGCAUUCCUCUACGCUCAGAUCCGUCGUUUUCCGCCUUUCUCACGGCGGUGAGGUCUCGGCAGACGGCAACUGCCUCUUCACGGCUUCUCAGAAGGCGAUGUGCGGUGAAAUCGACGCGCGGGAUCUGAGGAAGCGCACGGUGAGCAGGUUCUCGGACGAUCUUGGAUCUGCGACUUUUCAGGAGAGAGAAAGCAUUGACGAUGCGAUUCGGCACAUGUACUCGCCGGAUCUGAGGAAUGGGUGGGGUGUACAUGUUGUCCAGGAGGUGAAGUUGUUGGCCAAUAAGGGAGAUCGUGUAGCCCUUGAUUCGGCCAUCGAUGAGCUCGUUCAGCUUGGGAUGCAGAGAGAAAUGGCGGCAGAGUCUAUUUACAAAGAGAGAUGUAUUCCAGUGAACGAUGGUCCCAGUUGGGCCAAAUACAUGUUGAUUUCUGGAUCUCCUGAUGAUGAGUAUGAUAUCAUCACUUUGCAAUAUACUGAGGAGGGCUUGUUAUCUGUAGAUGAGAAUCGAGAGGGUCAUGCUGCAGCUUUUGGUGAUGACAUAGCGAUAGAGUGCCUAGCAACAGAGUUCAAGAGAGAAAUAUAUGUGGUCCAAGCACAUGGUUCUGAUGCUAUGGUUGACGAAGAAAACUGUGUUUUCUUCCUUCCGCAUCGUCCAAGGAGCCAGAUUCUGGAACCUCCCAUUUUUCUCUUCAUGAAAGGAACAGGUUGGUGCGGUGCUGGGGCUGACCAUUACGAGCCCCUGAUUGCUCAUCCCUCCUCACUGGUUUCGCCAGAGAAGGUUGCUGUUGUACUGUGAGGCUCUCGGCCUUCAAUUUUGUGGAAUAGAUACUCUGUGAGAGAGAGAGAGAGAGAGAGAGAGAGUAGCUUUUUAGUUGUUUUCUCCCCUAUAUUUAUGUUUUGGUAUGCAGUGUCUCUCCCCUGAUAACUACUAGUCAGAAGCCAAGGGGGGUAAAUAGCAUUGCAUAGCAUUUAUUUUUCUUUAUGGUUUCCAUCAUUUAAAAAUCAAUUACCAUUGACUCCUAGCAAGCAGGUUUGCCUGCAGUUAAGCAACCUAGGUAGUAUAAUUUUUGUAGUUUUGCCGGCUUCUGUUGUUCCUUUUUGUUGAGUUGAUUAGAGAGGAGGGUACAGCAUGUAGGUAGUGUCUUGUUCAAACUGAAGGUUGUAUCGUGGGGGGUGAGUUUCAUCAAUUGAAUGAAGGAAAGUGACUCCUUGUUUUUUGGGCCAUA